AAAGAAAAGGAAUAUUCAUACGCGUACAUAUGCACGCAUUUAUUUUAUACACCUGUAGUGUGCUACCGCAGAUGGUGCAUGCAUAUGUGACUGUCAAUUGCUGAUUCAUCAGGCUGACCAAUCGAUCUCACAAGUUAAGCGAACGCCAGUUCAAAAUAUAUGUAAACCUUGGUUUACGCAUCAAACCUUGGUUGUACCGAAAUCUGUACUCCUAGACGGGGAAAAAUACCAGGAAUCAUCAUGCCGUGGCAUCCUUAUACGAAAAUCCUGCUGCUCUUGUGUUUCAUUGGUCUGAUUGCCUUCCUGACUACUGCCAUGGGUCUUGGCUCCGAUUACUGGCUCAUCUAUCGCCUGAGUGCUAACGCCACGGCUGAUACGAACUCAACCAACGUCAGACUGGCCAGAGCGGGGGUGUGGAGGGUGUGUUAUCGGCCAGAGGCGCUUCCUGAUGAUGGAAAGCCAUGUCAUAACAUAAAUUACCUGUCUGAGGUGGAGAAUAGGGACCCUUUAUACCAGUAUAUCUAUCCUGUCUAUGGAAAAGAUUUGUUGCUGGGAUUUCUGGCUCUUGUUUGUAUUGGUGUGGCUCUCAUCUUUGUGGCAGAAGUUUUAGCAAUGAUUUGUCUCAAGAAAAGAUCUAAAGCCAUGUACAUCGGCACAGCAGUGAUAUUCAUCCUAGCAGGUAUUGUAGGGUCAGCUGGACUGAUCAUCUUCUCUCUGCGUGGAGCUCAGCUUCUCUAUGAUUGGCCAAAUUCACAAUUGGGGGAAUCCCCAUAUGACAUGAUCUCUUUUGGAUGGUCAUUUGCAAUCACAUGGCUCGGUGCUGCUCUGGCCCUGUGUAACAGCACUGGGUAUAUGUGGUUGGCACGAAGACACUUGGAUGCCAUGAUGUGAUCAAGAAACUUUAUAAUAUUUUGCUCAUGUUCAAAAGCAGUUUCUGCCCUUACCUUCCUGCUCACUGUUGACAAAGUAUCCUGUUAUACUGUCUCAAUCAAUUCAUAUAUCAAGCUAUUUGCAGUCUUUUAUUAAUUUUUCAUAGAACUAUUUUUGUAAACUGAAACAUCCCUUAAAAUAGAGCCUGAAAGUAAAAGGUCACACAGCAAGCUUCUGGAACCCUUACGCGGUCUGCCUAUGGUGAUUUUACAU